AUGACAAUGGAUACCCCAACAACCGAGUCAUUCAUCCAGGUCUUUAUGGAUGAAUAUCCGAAGAAAGAACACUUCUACUUGAGGGCUGCCACUGUCGUUGAGAGCAUAUGUCUCCAAUACCUCAAAAGGAAAGGCAUGUCGUCCCGCAUUAAGAGCCGGGCGAAGGAACCUGAGAGUCUCCGAAAAAAACUAGAGUUAAGAAAACAUUGGAAGAAUCGGGUUUACAAUUCAAAACAAGACAUUCAAGAGGAUAUUGUUGAUCUUUCUGGAGUUCGCAUUAUUGAGGAUGACGAAGCACGGAGGGAGGAGAUCAGGGAUUUCCUGCAUGACAGGUUCUUGAAUACGAUAGCGAAGAUUCAUCCAGAAGACGACGAAGAAAACGGAGAUUACCGGCAAAAGUCUUCAAAUUACCAUGCUGUGCAUUAUCGAGUCUAUUUGAAAAAUGAGGACAUUGUCCAACAUGACUUGGGUGACGCGAAAGGAGGGAUGAUUGAAAUCCAAGUCAUGACCACAACGUGGAGUGUGCUCGCAGACCUCCAGCAUUCAAAUUACAAAUCGGGACCGAUGGCAGACCUGAAGCUGGGGGAGCUUAUCGAUGAUCUUGGCGAAACCAAUACUAAACAAGAUGCACAAGUGGCGAAAAUUAAGGAAUACCAGGAUCACCGCGAGAGGAAGAACAACAAGCCCUUCGAGGACGUGAAUAGCGUCGGGCACUAUCUUAUAAAGUGGAUUCAAAAAUAUGCCGCCAAAUGGGUUCAAGGAAAAGAGAGAGGUUCUGAAGAAGCCCUGAUGUCUUUUCUGCAGGUUCAUCAGAUGAACAGCCAUGGAGCAUUCAGUCAGUUAUUGCAAGGAGUUUUUCAUACUAGUUCCGAGUCUGAAUAUUCAGAGAUCGCAGAGGGUUAUGGUCCCAUCAGAUUGAAUCUUAUCCUCUAUCUCAUCGACCGUAUGCUCUUGAAAGAAACAUCAGGAACUCCUGCUCUAAGGGUCGCUGUCGACAAUGAUCGCGUUGGACAUGUCCACAAAAUCCAGGCACUCAUGAGCACGAUGAUAUGGAUCGAUAAGCUUUUCGCCCCCAAAGGAGAUUGCCAAAUUCAAAUACUUCAAUCAGGAUGUCGAGAUACCCUGCGGAAUGGACUCUUUUUUCUUACCACAGUUACAAGUGCUGAUUUCAUUGAAGGAAAAUCGGGUUUGGAAAAACACGAGACCAAAGCCCUAAACAAACUUUGGACGUGGUUCGCGCAAUGCAAAGAUCGGCCGAUCAAGCUGGCUUUUGCAAUGUCCAAUAAUGGGAUGAUGAGGCCCAUCUCGGAGGAAAAGCAGCGAGAGCAUAAUAAUUUCGAUGCAGCUGUUCAGCCGCUGAUGGAUGCGCUGAUUUGGAAGUAG